UUUGGAGAAAGAAUCAAGAAAACAAUGGGCUGAGAAGUGGCCCCCACCCCGGCCAGAGUAUAUACUUACUGCGCUCUUGCUCCGUUGCUCGUGCAUUUCUUCACUCAUGUAUUCAUUACACGCACAUGCUCCCAGAGCCUUUGCCUUAAAUUGCAAGUGUGAAGUGUGAUCUUUUUUUGUUUUUGUUUAAUUUAAAAUUUGAUGUUUCCUCUGCUCUAUGCACCAGUUUUUGGCUUCAAUCUCUCACUCUAUAUCUCUGUGUAUCUUUCUUGAUUCAUCAUUAUCACUAUGCUCGAUUUUGGGUUUCCACUCGCACUCACCCCUUUCUCUGUCCGCUUCUUUCUUUCCUCAUUGAACUUUUUUUUGAUGCUUUAAAUCACACUUUAGCUGGGAGUUAAUUUUCAGAAAAACUGGAUCCUCCUUCUCAAGUCUUCUCCUUCGUCCUCUUUCAAGCUUCAUCUUAUGUUAAGCUCGGGGAACUAUUCUAUGCUUUAGCUUAGUUAAGCUGGACACUUAUAUAUCAAGAGUUUGUUGACAAGGGACCUCACAAAUUGGCAAUCCAUCUUCAAAGUUCUGACUACUGAGCCACCACCUUUGUAGAAUUGAUUAUAUGUGGAUAGGUGAAUACCUUUCACCCCCAAUGGAAUCCUGAAAGCAAUGCCAGCCGCCCAGCACAGAAAUGCUUUGCACUGCAAAUGAUUUAUUGGGUUGGAAGGAUUUUCCAAGUGGGCUUAGUGUUCUUCUCCUCGAUGAAGAUAGUGAUUCUGCUGCUCAAAUGAAAGCAAGACUUGAGGAUAUGAAGUAUAUAGUUUCAUGGUUUCAAAAUGAGAAUGAAGCUGUGUUAGCAAUCACAUGCAAAUCAGUGGAAUUUCAUAUUGCCAUUGUGGAGGUGAAUAUUAGCAACAGAGAUGAGGUAUACAGAUUUCUUGAAAUGGCUAAAGAUUUGCCUACUAUAUUGAUAUCGAAUGUUCACUGCCUUAACACCAUGAUGAAGUGCAUAGCGCUUGGUGCUGUUGAGUUUCUUCAGAAGCCGCUCUCAGAUGACAAACUAAGAAACAUUUGGCAGCACGUCAUUCAUAAGGCUUUCAAUGGAGGCAGCAGUGGCGGGGAGAAAGACGUGUCUGAAUCCCUAAAACCCAUUAAAGAAUCUUUAGUUUCAAUGUUGCUGCAGAUAGGGUGCUGCAAUGAAAGUGAACAAUCAAACACGUCAAUGCAGGAAAACAAGUACCCAGCUCCUUCAACUCCCCAACUCAAACAAGGUGUGAGGAGAUAUAGUAAAGAUGGGGAGCAAGAUGGGGGAGAAUAUACUAAAUUUGUCGAAACUACUUUUUGCGACUCGGUUUCCCAAACUACACCACCACCAGGAGAUGGUGUCAUUAAAAGGGAAAGGGAAUCGAGCCCCGAACAGAAUGGUAAUUAUAACCACCGUUCAGAGAGAAGCAAGGAUGCUCGUGUCACCAGUAAAAAACAGCCUGGUUUCAAUGGUUCAUGUGAGGUGACAACAAAAGCUUAUAAAAGGAAAUUAAAGGUAGACUGGACACCCGAACUGCACAAGAAGUUUGUACAGGCGGUUGAACAACUCGGUGUAGAUCAGGCCAUCCCUUCCCGAAUUCUGGAACUGAUGAAAGUUGAAGGCUUGACGAGGCACAAUGUAGCCAGCCAUCUACAGAAGUACAGAAUGCAUCGCCGGCAUAUAUUGCCAAAAGAAGAUGAGAGGAGAUGGCUUCUCUCAAGAGAUACUACACAAAGGACUUACUAUCCUCAUAAGCAACCCAUAAUGGCCUUCCCACAGUAUCAUUCUACUAACGCCCUUCCUGCCAGGCAAUUCUACUCUGCCUGGGGCUGUUAUCCUGGUGUCCAUGUGUGGGGCUCACCUUGCCACUACCCCGGGUGGCAACAGAGAGAGGAUUGGGACUGGAAGACUAAUGCGGGGGUUUAUGCUCAUGCAUGGGGCUGCCCUAUUAUUCCACCACCUCAUGGAUCAUAUGCAACACUUUCUCAGAAUGCAUUGGGGGGACGAUGCAUGAGCGGUGGAACGCCAGAGGGAUACGGCAUGCCAGAGAAGAAGACAUUUGAUAUCCAGCCGGCAGAAGAAGUGAUUGACAAUGUUGUGAAGGAGGCAUUAGACAAUCCGUGGAUGCCCCUCCCUCUGGGGCUAAAGCCUCCUUCAACCGACAGUGUUCUAAAUGAGCUAUCCAAACAAGGUAUCUCAACCAUCCCUCCUCCGGUCAACGGCUCACAUAUGCGCUGAUAUGGCCCUCUCGUGCCUGAAUGCGGCACUCAAUCACGGAUCCAAGGAAGAUCCACCUUCACACGCGCGGCAAAGGAAGGUGGGUCUGGUCCAACUUUGAGCGUACUGAUGUUAAUAAAACCUCUCCUGGGCAAUUUGAAGAAACUAUUCUUAUUCAUACCAUGCUGCUCUUCCUUUGGGGUGGUCACUCGUGGUUGUAACUUGUAUAAGCGGUAGGCCAUGCAAUAAUAAUAAUCAUAAAUAAUGCAUCUGUUGACCUUUUGGCACAUGCCUCAUGAAUAAAUGAAUAAUUUAUGGGCUUUCAAGUUCAAUUUUCGCCUUUUUGUGUACACCACUAAAAUCGUAAUACUUUCUUAGCAGCAAUUGCAAUUGGAACAAAA